ACUUCUCACUGUGCUCCUAUCUAACUCUCUUUCUCAAAAGACCCAGCACAACUCAAAUGGAUCGGAAAAGCUUCCUCUCUCUCGCACUCAUCGCCGUUGUCGUCGCAGCCGUCGGAGGCCAGUCUCCAUCGGCGGCGCCCACCACGACCCCUCCGGCCGUCACCACCACUCCCUCUGCAUCUCCAGUCACCACCCCUUCUAAGCCUAAAUCACCGGCGCCGGUUGCCUCUCCCACAUCAUCUCCACCAUCUUCCUCCCCCAAUGCUGCAACCGCAACGCCCGCAUCAUCUCCCACUACUUCGCCUCCAUCAAAAACCGCUGCACCAGCUCCGGCAACCAACCCCCCGGCCGCCACACCCCCGGUUGCUACACCACCUUCAGCCACACCCCCGGUUGCUACACCUCCUUCAGCCACACCCCCGGUUGCUACACCUCCUGCAGCUACACCCCCGGUUGCUACACCUCCUGCAGCCACACCUCCAGCAGCCACACCUCCCGCUGCCACACCUCCUGCAGCCACACCUCCAGCAGCCACGCCUCCUGCUGCCACACCUCCGGCAGCCACACCUCCUGCGGCCACACCUCCGGCAGCUACGCCUCCGGCAGCCACUCCUCCUGCUGUGACCCCAGUGAGCUCGCCGCCGGCGCCAGUUCCGGUGAGUUCUGCACCUGUGGCUGUUCCCGUGAGCUCUCCCCCUGCACUGGCACCGACAGUUCCGGUACCCGUGGUAGCACCGAGUGCUGAGGUUCCCGCUCCAGCUCCGAAGUCGAAGAAGAAGACGACCAAGAAGAGUAAGAAGCACACUGCCCCAGCACCGUCGCCAACAUUGCUCGGACCUCCCUCUCCGCCGGUCGGAGCUCCGGCAACCAGCCAGGAUGCGUUGUCUCCUGGUCCAGCCUCGUCUGACGACGUGAGUGGAGCUGAAACCAUGAGGUGCUUGAAGAAGGUGAUAGGAUGCUUAGCAUUGAGCUGGGCUACCCUUGUUUUGAUUUUCUAGAGAAGAGGCUCAGACUUCAUGGCAGUUGUUACAUAUUAUUGUACCAUUUAUUGUCUUUUUUGGCCCUGUCGGGCCAACAUUAAAUUUAUUUGCUAUUGUUUUCUUCAAUUUCUUGUUACUUUUUAUAUAUAUAAAUAAAUAUAAUUGAUGAUGCUGUUUGACAUAACUUU